ACAGACAUGUGACUCACACUGGCCUUCUGCUGAGCUUGCUCUGUGUGAGGAAGCAAGAGAGAGAAAGAGAGAAAAUGGCGGAAAAUGGAGGGAGAAAGCAGCAGCAGAUGGGAGGCCCUUGAGAGCUGCUCCCUACAAAACGUGCCUCGUGGCGAAAGGUGUGGGAGUCCCAGAGGUGGCCUAGUUUACUCCUCCCUCUCGGGCAGCACCAUGGCCUCAGAGGCACCGUCCGGAUCGUCUCUUCUCUGGGAUAGAGUGGAAAGAGCAGCCGGGCAGCCCCGUCAGGAUCUGUUGCCCUUCCAGGGUCUGGUGACCUUUGAAGAGAUGGCUGUGUAUUUCACAGAGGAGGAAUGGGCCCUGCUGGAUCCUGGCCAAAGAGCUCUGCACAGGGAAGUCAUAGAGGAGAAUUAUGAGAUGGUGGCCUCUCUCGCAGGUGAUGGACAGAAGAAUGACAAUUAUGGAGAACCGCUGAUGGUGCCACUGGAAAUAGCCAAGAGUGAGGGUCAAAAGGAGAUCUUUGGAAAUCACAGGAGACCAAAAACGUCUGAAAGAAAUCAGUCAAAGAAUGGGAGCAAGAAAGCCUCUACUUCUCAUACUUUUCAUCAAAGAACACACACCAGAGAAAAACCAUUUCAAUGCAUGGAGUGUGGAAAGAGCUUCACUCGGAAUUAUCACUUUACUUUACAUCUCAGAACCCACACAGGGGAGAAACUCUUUAAAUGCAGGGAGUGUGGAAAGUGCUUCAGUAGGAAAGAUUGCUGUACUUUACAUGAAAGGAAGCACACAGGUGAGAAACUCUUUAAAUGCAGGGAGUGUGGAAAGAGCUUCAGUGUAAAGAAUAACCUUACUUCACAUCAAAGAAGCCACAUAGGGGAGAAACUAUUUAAAUGUGUGGAGUGUGGAAAGAGCUUCAGUCAGAGCAGUAAACUUACUUUACAUCACAGAAAACACACAGGUGAGAAACCAUUUAAAUGCAGGGAGUGUGGCAAGUGCUUCAGUCAGAAUUAUAACCUUACUACACAUGAACGAACCCACACAGCGGUGAAACCAUUUAAAUGCAUGGAGUGUGGCAAGAGCUUUAGUCAGAGCAGUAAACUUAGUUUACAUCAGAGAAAACACACAGGGGAGAAACUGUUUAAAUGCAUGGAGUGUGGCAAGAGCUUCAGUGUAAAGAAUAACCUUACUUCACACCAAAGAACCCACACAGGGGAGAAGCCAUUUAAAUGUGUGGAGUGUGGCAAGAGCUUCAGUGUAAAGAAUAACCUUACUUCACGCCAAAGAACCCACACAGGGGAGAAGUCAUUUAAAUGCAUGGAGUGUGGAAAGAGCUUCAGUUGGAGCAGUAAACUUACUUUACAUCACAGAAUCUAUACAGGGGAGAAACCGUUUAAAUGCAGGGAGUAUGGAAAGUGCUUUCGUCAGAAUGGUCAACUUACAUUACAUCAAAGAACGCACACGGAGAAACCAUUUAAAUGCAUGGAGUGUGGCAAGAGCUUCAGUCAGAGCAGUAAACUUACUUUACAUCAGAGAAAACACACAGGCGAGAAACCAUUUAAAUGCAGGGAGUGUGGCAAGUGCUUCAGUCAGAAUUGUAACCUUACUACACAUGAACGAACCCACACAGGGGGAAAUCAUUUAAAUGCAUGGAGUGUGGCAAGAGCUUCAGUCAGAGCAGUAAACUUAGUUUACAUCAGAGAAAACACAGGGGAGAAACUGUUUAAAUGCAUGGAGUGUGGCAAGUGCUUCAGUCAGAAUUGUAACCUUACUGCACAUGAAUGAACCCACACAGGGGAGAAACCAUUUAAAUGCAGGGAGUGUGGCAAGUGCUUCAGUCAGAAUAGUCACCUUACAGUACAUGAAAGAACCCACACAGGGGAGAAACCAUUUAAAUGCAGUGAGUGUGGAAGGAGCUUCAGUCAGAAUGGUCACCUUACAAUACAUGAAAGAACCCACAAGGGAGAAACCAUAUAAAUGCAUGGAGUAUGGAAAGCACUUCCGUCAGAGCAGUAGCCUAACUUCAUUUUUUUAAAUGCAGGGAGUGUGGAAACAGCUUCAAGGUAAGCAGUCGCCUUGCAUUACACCACAGAACACACGCGGGAGAAACCAUUUAAAUGCAGGGAGUAUGGAAAGAACUUCAAUGUGAGCCGUACUCGUCAUCUUGCAGGCUACACAGAUUAAAGCCCUAUACAGGUUGGGACCAAGAUGCCCAAAAGAUUAUCUCACCUGUUAUAUAUGCAGCCAAUCACUGAAGUCUGCAAAAGUUGGCCUCUUAC